CGCUGCCUCUCGCUUGCAGCCGGCUGCUGCCCCUGCUCGCCUCCAGCCCUCGCCCUUAGGACACCCUCGAGCCGGGCCGGGGAUGUGGUCCCGGAGUGGCGGCGCGGGUUCGCCGGAGCCCAGCGGCCUCCUGCCCCCACUAUCUCUGAGCCCUCAACCACAGCAGGCCCGGGAAGGAAAGUGACCGGGGCAGCAACUAGAUCCUGGGCUGAACACGUUAAGGGGGGAAUCUCUGCCCACCUUCCACGUUGCCCUCCAGCCAAAGGUCUGUCCAUUUGCUGAGAAGUUACAACACUUCCACCUCAGCAUAUCUGAGGAGCUACUUCCUAGGCUCGAGUUAUUCCCGAUGCCCCCAGAUAGGAGUACUUGUUCAGUCUUGAUAUUUUGUUCGCCUAAAAUGUGGUGCCCAGAACUGACGCCAGACAGGGUCUGAUCAGUGCCGACGACGCUGUUUAAUUGUGCUCUGGGCUCUGGACAGCUCUGGAGUCCUCUUCACUGGGAGCCCCAGCAUUUAUCUAGACUGUAGUUUCUAUUGGGCAGCUCCACCCCAGCUCUACCUGGAUCCUCUCAGCAGCAGCACCCUGGAGAGCGCUGGAGCCUCUGCACCCAACUAAGAGAAAGCUAAGAAAUACGUGCAUGGUGGGACCACAGUGGACAGGACACCAUUCUCCCUGCCUCCGGGCACCAGUCCCUUUGCAUCCUGACACCGUCUGACCCAGGUGAGAGAGAGGAUGAUCUCCGGGGACGCUAGCAUGCACACCCCCAUCCUGGCCUGCUGGCAGCCAAUCCUCCUGCUGGUCCUGGGCUCUGUCCUGUCGGGCUCGGCCACGGGCUGCCCGCCCCGCUGCGAGUGCUUGCCCCAGGAGCGCUCCGUCCUUUGCCACCGUAAGCGGUUCAUCGCUGUGCCCGAAGGCAUCCCCACUGAGACCCGGCUCCUGGACCUGGGUAAGAACCGCAUUAAGACACUGAACCAGGACGAGUUCGCCAGCUACCCGCACUUGGAAGAGCUGGAACUCAAUGAGAACAUCGUCAGCGCCGUGGAGCCUGGCGCCUUCAACAAUCUCUUCAACCUCAGGACUCUAGGGCUCCGCAGCAACCGGCUUAAGCUCAUCCCCUUGGGGGUCUUCACGGGCCUUAGCAACCUGACCAAGCUGGACAUUAGCGAGAACAAGAUCGUCAUUCUCUUGGACUACAUGUUCCAGGACCUGUAUAACCUCAAAUCCCUGGAGGUCGGAGACAAUGAUCUCGUCUACAUCUCCCACCGAGCCUUCAGUGGUCUCAACAGCCUGGAGCAGCUCACGUUGGAGAAGUGUAACCUGACCUCCAUCCCCACUGAGGCGCUGUCCCACCUGCACGGGCUGAUCGUGCUGCGGCUGCGCCAUCUCAACAUCAACGCCAUCCGCGAUUACUCCUUCAAGAGGUUGUACCGGCUCAAGGUCUUGGAGAUCUCCCACUGGCCAUACCUGGACACCAUGACAUCCAACUGUCUCUAUGGCCUCAACCUGACCUCGCUGUCCAUUACUCACUGCAACCUGACCGCCAUCCCCUACGUCUCGGUGCGCCACCUGGUCUAUCUUCGCUUCCUCAACCUGUCCUACAACCCCAUCCUCACCAUCGAGGGGUCCAUGCUCCACGACCUGCUCCGGUUGCAGGAGAUCCAGUUAGUUGGGGGUCAGCUCAUGAUGGUGGAGCCCUACGCCUUCCGAGGACUCAACUACCUACGGAUCCUGAACGUGUCUGGGAACCAGCUGACCACGCUAGAAGAAUCUGCCUUCCACUCCGUGGGCAACCUAGAGACGCUAAUCCUGGACAACAAUCCGUUGGCUUGUGACUGCCGCCUCCUCUGGGUCUUCCGGCGCCGCUGGAGGCUCAACUUUAAUAAGCAGCAGCCGACGUGCGCCACCCCAGAGUUUGUCCAGGGCAAAGAGUUCAAGGACUUCCCCGAUGUUCUCUUGCCUAAUUAUUUCACCUGCCGUCGCGCUCGGAUCCGGGACCGCAAACCCCAGCAGGUCUUUGUGGACGAGGGCCACACGGUGCAGUUUGUUUGCCGGGCUGAUGGGGACCCACCGCCCGCCAUCCUUUGGCUCUCGCCCCGCAAGCACCUCAUCUCUGCCAAGAGCAACGGACGACUGACAGUCUUCCCGGAUGGGACCUUGGAGGUGCGCUACGCCCAGAUCCAGGACAACGGCACCUACCUGUGCAUCGCCGCCAAUGCCGGUGGCAACGACUCCAUGCUGGCCCACCUACACGUGCGCAGCUACUCACCCGACUGGCCUCAUCAACCCAACAAGACCUUCGCCUUCAUCUCCAACUUGCCCAAUGAGAGCGACGCCAACAGCACGCGCGCCACCGUGCCUUUCCCUUUCGACAUCAAGACUCUCAUCAUCGCCACCACCAUGGGCUUCAUCUCCUUCCUGGGCGUGGUCCUCUUCUGCCUCGUGCUUCUCUUUCUUUGGAGCCGAGGCAAAGGCAACACGAAGCACAACAUUGAAAUCGAAUACGUGCCGCGCAAGUCGGACGCUGGCAUCAGCUCUGCCGAUGCGCCUCGCAAGUUUAAUAUGAAAAUGAUCUGAGACAGGGCAGGGGGCAAGGGAAGUGACCACCCCAGGCCCCAGGACACAAAACUUGGAGACUUAACAUGGCUCUCUCUCUCUCUCUCUCUCUCUCUCUCUCUCUCUCUCUCUCUCUCUCUCUCUCUCUCUCUCCACCCCCUUCCACUUCUCCCAUCCUUACCACCCCAUCUCACCCCUCCUGCCCUCGCCCCCUGUCUACUACACAGCCCUGGCCUGGCCCCAGCCCUCACCAUCUGCUCUCUUUAUACAAGGACAACAUCUGGCCAGGUGUUCAGACUCAGUGUUUGUAGGGACAUGCUCUGACGGACUGGGGUCAGAGGCCACUGCAAAACAAAACAAAUGAACGAACCAACACACACACACACACACUCAAAAAAAAAUUCAAUAAAUCAAUAAAAAAGUUAAGAACUUCCUCUGUAACUUGGGUUUCAAUAAUUAUGGAUUUUUAUGAAAACUUGAAAUAAUAAAAAAAAACUAUUUCCUAUAGAUAGUUGGAAUGCAAACUUUUGACUUCCUGAUCUGUCCAGACCCCACCCUAAUCAGAUCUCUUCUCUUCUUUCUCCUUUUCCUCUUCCUCCUCCAUCUUCUUUUAUCCAGUGAAGAGGGCUUCCCCUAGAGAAGAGGUAACAGAUCAAAGUUGCAUUGGUUCUCCCAAUCCCUACCUCAAUCUCCAGGUCUGGUCUAAGCCUUUUGCUCUGAAAAACUCUAGUCAGGCCCUGUCCUGGAAGCUGGCGAGGAGUCCAGGGAUCACCUGGGAGAUAGGGCUGGACUUCAGCUUGGGGGUACCACAUUCCCUGCUGUAGAGACUUGGGGUGGCCUGAAGGGGAGAAGCUGCUGACCAUUCAGUGCCAGGGAUGAGUGAGUGGUUGCCCUUUGGUUCCCCCAAAGCCAAGAAUUCCUGGGGAAGUCAUGAGUCUGGGUGCCAGGGGUGUGGCCAAGGGCCUUGAACCCCUGCACUCAUUGACCUAGAAGGCAGGAGUCCUGGGUUAAAGCCCCAGUUCUGCCACUGACUUGAUGUGUAAACUUGGGUAAGUCAAUACCCCCUCUCUGGGACUCAGUUUAGGCAUCUAUAAAUUGGGUGUAAUAAAGCCUGUCCUGC